AUGAAGAGAUCUUUCCUUCUCUUGUAUGUACUCCUGGUACAAGCAUUCUAUGGUGCUUGGUGUAAUGUUGGAGAAAACGCCCUGCAUUGUGAAUAUUCCAAUUUAGGAUCUCUUCACCGGCCUCACAGCGUAUCCAUUACAGAGUUUGGAGCGGUUGGAGAUGGAGUAACACUAAACACAAAAGCUUUUCAAAACGCUCUGUUCUACCUAAAUUCUUUCUCUGAUAAAGGCGGUGCCAAGCUUUUUGUUCCCGCCGGUCAGUGGCUAACCGGGAGUUUCGACCUCAUCAGUCACUUAACCUUAUGGUUAGAUAAAGGUGCAACCAUUCUCGGAUCAACGAGCUCGGAGGAUUGGCCUGUUGUUGAUCCAUUACCAUCAUAUGGACGAGGAAGAGAACUUCCCGGUAAAAGGCAUAGGAGUCUUAUAUAUGGUCAGAAUCUCACAGAUGUAGUCAUCACAGGCGAGAACGGGACGAUUGAUGGUCAAGGAAGUGUAUGGUGGGAUUGGUUUAGGAAGGAAGAGCUAAACUACACAAGACCACAUCUUGUUGAGCUCAUGAACUCCACUGGUCUAAUCAUCUCCAACCUCACUUUCUUGAAUUCACCCUUUUGGACCAUCCAUCCUGUUUAUUGCAGAGAUGUUCUUGUAAAGAAUCUCACAAUCUUGGCUCCUCUUGAUUCUCCAAAUACAGACGGAGUUGAUCCUGACUCAUCAACAAAUGUUUGCAUAGAGGAUUGUUACAUAGUGACCGGAGACGAUUUGGUAUCGAUAAAAAGCGGGUGGGACGAGUACGGAAUAUCAUACGCAAGACCGAGCUCCAAGAUCAAGAUCAAUCGGUUGUCAGGUCAAACUACUUCAAGCUCAGGAAUCGCCAUUGGAAGCGAAAUGUCAGGAGGUGUGUCCGAGAUCUAUAUCAGAGACUUCUACUUGUUCAAUUCGAAUACCGGAAUCAGGAUCAAGACUUCACCGGGAAGAGGAGGGUAUGUUAGAAACGUUCACGUAUCGAACGUGAAGCUUGAGAAUGUGAAGAAAGCGAUCAGAUUCACGGGUAAGUACGGUGAACAUCCAGAUGAGAAAUACGAUCCUAAAGCACUUCCGGCGAUCGAGAAGAUCACUUUUGAGAAUGUUUAUGGAGAGGAUAUAGGUGUUGCGGGUCUUCUUGAAGGUAUAGAAGGAGAUGAGUUUAAGGACAUUUGUUUCCUUAAUGUUACUCUUAGAGUGAAGAAGAAGUCUCCAUGGAAAUGCUCAAAUGUUAGAGGCUAUUCGCAGUGGGUUUCGCCGGAGAUUACUUGUGAUUCUUUUAAAGAGAGCAUCUUCCCGGAGCAUGGCUCUGAUUGUUUUGGGCUAUCGGAGAAUAAUAAUAUGGAGAUAUCAAGUGGUGGUAUGAGUAAAUCACCAUGGUUGCUUUCCUGGUAA